GAGAGAGAGAGAGAGAGAGAGAGAGAGAGCAGUACUCCAGUCGGCACCCUUGGGAAGAAACAUCCAAUCCACCGGCUGCCAUCUGAUUUGAUCGUAUUCAUUUGGGAAUAUCGAUCCGUAUUGAUCAAUAAGGAUACUUUAUUCCCGAGGAAACUUUAUGCAGCACCCUCUCCACGCACAAGGACUAACCUGCUUUUUUUUAGUCUCCCGGAUUCAAAAGGUAAUAACGCAACUAACAUCUCCCUGCCUUCAUUCAUAAGUGGUGACAAGUCGUCUUGUGGCUCGGAUGUGCGACAGAGGAGGGCAGAGCAGGCACACGGUGUGCCCCUUCAAGAGAGAGGAGUGAACACGAGCUGCGGGAGGAAUACAAAUUAUACUUGUGAAAGAAAACGUCCGACAAGAAGAAGAAGAAGAAGAAGAAGAAGAACAAGAACAAUGAGUCGAGCUGCCGAUGUGGAGCGUUAAAACCCGAGAAGAUUUAGUUUUUCUUGUCCGGCUACUACUGUCCGCUUCCAGUUCCAAAGAGGAUUCAAAGAAAUACUUUGUAGUGUUUGCGUGUGAUCUGCUGCUAACUAAACGCAGGGAUGACAGUCAAGCUGGACUUUGAGGAGUGUUUGAAGGACUCUCCGCGCUUCAGAGCUGAAAUCGAAGUGGUCCAAAGCGAUGUGAGUGAACUUGAGACGCGAUUAGACAAGCUUGUGAAACAAUGCCAGGCCAUGCUGGAGGCAGGCCGAGUCUACUGCCAGACCAGCAAGAGCUUCGUCAACGGCCUCCGGGAGCUGGGACACCACUGCUCUGGGGACAAGUUGAUGGAGGAGUGUUUGGACAAAUUUUCCAAAAAGCUGUCUAUCAUCUUGGACGCACAGGGGGAAGUGAUUGAGACGACACAGAAGUCAGUCAAGACAAAGCUACAGAACUUUGUCAAAGAGGAUGUUCGUCGGUUCAAGGAUGUGCGCAAGGAGUUUGAGCGCGGCAGCGAAUGUCUGGAGGGGGCGCUGGUGAGGAACGCUCAGGCCCCACGGGGGAAACAACACGAAGUGGAGGAGGCGAGCAAUGCUCUGCUCAGCGCACGUAGGGCCUUUCGGUCUGAGGCCCUGGAUUACGUCCUGGAGAUUAAUGUCAUUGAGGCCAAGAAGAAGACAGACAUUCUGAUGGCAAUGCUGUCGCUGAUGGAGGCCCAGGCCCAGUUCUUCCAACAUGGCCACCAGUCUCUGUCAGAACUGGACGAGUAUCGACGAAAACUGAAUGAAGAGCACACUCAAUUUGUCCUAAACUCUGCCCGGGAGAAGAGGGACAUGGAGCAAAGACACGCUGCAAUUAAGAAAAAGGAUGUGUCCUACGAUGACUCCAUCAUGGAUUUCAAUGCUGACGCAGCUAACGGGAUCGCCAUGGAGGGAUACCUCUAUAAGAGAGCCAGCAACGCCUUCAAGACCUGGAGCAGGCGUUGGUUUUCAAUUCAAAAAAAUCAGCUUGUGUAUCAGAAGAAAUUCAAGGACCAGCCUACAGUUGUGGUGGAGGACUUGCGUCUUUGCACAGUCAAACCCAGCGCUGAAAAUGAGAGACGAUUUUGCUUUGAAGUGGUCUCCCCGUCAAAGAGCUGUUUGUUGCAGGCGGACUCGGAAAGGCAGCAGCAGGCGUGGGUUAGCGCUGUUCAAAACAGCAUCGCCUCAGCCUUUCAGGAGCGCAGAGAAGACCCACACAGCCCAAGACAGCGCUGCAGCUCGGUGUCGGUGAGCAGUUUGGGAGGAGGGGGAGGAGGAGGAGUGGAUCAGGAGAAAGAGGGCUGCAAGGCGCUGGAGGAGGUUCAGGCGAUCCCGGGGAACAAGCAGUGCUGCGACUGCGGGGAGCCCGGUCCUGAUUGGGCCUCCAUCAACCUGGGUAUCACGCUUUGUAUCGUCUGCUCAGGAAUACACAGGAGCCUGGGAGUCCAUUUCUCCAAAGUACGCUCCCUCACUCUCGACUCGUGGGAGCCAGAGCUCAUUAAGUUAAUGUGUGAAUUAGGAAACACAGUAAUCAACAGGAUCUACGAGGCCCGGAUUGAUGAGAUCACCAUCAAGAAGCCCCACCCCUCCAGUCCGAGAGGAGACAAGGAGUCAUGGAUCCGAUCAAAGUAUGUUGAAAAGAAGUUUAUCCAAAAGUUGCCCGAGACGGGCAGGAACCCCCUGCUGAGGCGAUCCAGCGCCAGGAGAAACCGAGCAACCACGCAAGACCGGACCGGACCUCGACCACCGCUCAAACCCAAACCAAACCGAGCCACUCUGCCUCGGGUCACAGGGCUGAGCCCCAGUGACCUUGUCCAAAAGAACAAUACAGGCUUUCACAAAGAUGUGGAGGAGGAGGAAGAAGAGGAUCUCAGCGGACUUCACCCUGGGGCGCUGCUGUACCGGUCGGCAGCCCUGCAGAACUUCCCUGUCAUGGCUGACGCUUUGGCUCAUGGAGCUGACGUCAACUGGGUCAACGUGGCCGAGGAGUCCAGCACGCCACUGAUACAGGCCGUCUCAGCAAAUGCCCUGGCAGCUUGCGAGUUCCUGCUGCAGAACGGUGCUAACGUCAACCAGGCGGACAGCAACGGGAGAGGACCGCUUCACCACGGCACCAUUCUGGGUCACACUGGGUUGGUUUGUCUCUUCUUGAAGCGAGGAGCGGACUACAACGCCAGAGACAAGAACCAGAAAGACCCCAUAACUAUCGCGGUGGACACAGCCAACGCUGACAUCGUUACUUUGCUGCGGAUCGCCAAGAUGAACAAGGAGAUGCGGGAGAUGGACGGAGCGUUCGGCCAAUCAGGUGAUGAAACCUACCAGGACAUCUUCAGAGACUUUUCACACAUGGCCUCAAACAACCCCGAGAAGCUCAAACGCCGCAGUGCAGACCCCAAAACUUAACCAGCUGUUGCCUCCUCUUCACCACUGCUGUACAAUGCCACAUUUCACGCUUCAGGCCUGCAUACUUUCAAACAUCCACACAUGUAUAGAAAGCAUGCUAGUAUCCAACUCACAGGCAUGCAGACACACACAUUCAUUUCCCCUGGCUACCUGCCACAUGUUCAGUCAUAGCUCAGCUGGUGUUGACUUCUGAGGGGAUGAAUGCUCCAAACAGUGAAUUCUUUGUGUGAACACGUCAGAGCAGAACAAUUGUGUCCAAGUGGGAACACUGGAACAGCUUUAUGAGACCAGCCUGAGGUGUCUUUAUGUGUAGCAGAACACCAUCACUCUGCCAAGGUUUCCUAAUUAAAUCCGUUUUUUUUUUUUAAGCUAAAAGGGCUGUUUUUAUGUUCCUCUGCCAUUUCUAUUGAAUUGUUACAUGAAAAAGAAGUGAAAAUGUUUGUUGGAAAUGGACAAAACUGAUGAAGAUUUUUUAGAUUUGGGACAUUUUUAGCCACUGUUCAUGUCUGUUUUGUUAAACUGUGUUAGGUACUUGAGAUUUGUAUCAUGAUCAAAUAAACCGCAAAACAAAAUUUA